AUGGCAGAGAUCAUGGAGGGAGGUUUGAGAAGUUCCUUUCGCCAAAUGGAUCAGUACCGGAAGUUCAACCAGAGCUGUGGACUGCUGGGCACACAAAAACGUCGCCAACUCGCAGAUCCCAAAAACCAACGAAAAGCCGCAGCUCUCAACUGCACCCAGGACAGUGAUCUCUAUGACCUCCCCUGGAAUGAUUCAGCCACAUGCCAAGACUUUGACCCUGAGGCAGUAGCACAAGCUGAACAAGAAGCUCAAGAACAAUGGGAGUUGGAGCGCGAGCAGUUGAUGCAACAAGCAGAGGAGGCCAAACUUGAGGCUCAGGCCGAUCGAGUUGAGGAAGUUGUGGCCAUGAGAAAAGGCUUUGAUGAUUUGGAGGCGGUGUUGAAGAAGGACGAAGCCAUCAUGAAGCGAGCUCACAGCUACAGCCGUCUAUCAGCUGCAGUGCUGAACCUUGAGGAGGCUUUGCUGCGUGGCAAUGCGACAAAGGAGUUGGAGGCAGUGCAACAGGCUGCUGCAGAGGCAGGGGACAGCUUUGUUUCGGGGCUUCUCAAAUCGUUGCCCGUUGACCUCCUUGCACAGCCAGUGCCCACGGAGUCUGGUCUGCGGCAUGUGCUUUCAGAGCAUUUGUCUCGAUGGGCUACUGCCGCUUUGGUGCCGCCUGACAGUGGCCUUCUGGGAGAGCUUCUGGGUCGCGCCUUUCGGCAAUUCUACAUUUUGGAUGGCGAGGAUGUGUGUAUGCCACAGGAAUCUGAGACUGCCAGAAAUCUGCGUGUGUUGGGCAAAGCUGCGAAACACACCAACGUCAGAGAGGCCUUGCCGUUACUGGAUGAACUGCAGGGCCUUGCCGCGAAACGUGUGGAGGCCACCACCCAAGAGGCGCGACAGGUGCUGCACGUGAGGAAAACUUUCAACACUCUGGACAAUAUUUGUCAAGAAGAGCGGUUGGCGAACUACGCAGCUCGUGGAGAGGACCCUUCCAAGGAUCAGGAGUGGUUGGAGGUUUUUGGACCUCCUGUGAGCAAGCAGCCUAAGCAUGCCAAGGGUGGAAAGAAGCCUGGCAAACCGAAGCCGAAGAAGCGGAAGAACAGCCAGCAAAGCAAUUCAAUGGUGUCCCGUGGUGAAACGAGCAGCCAAGCAUCGGAGUCUGAACUUGGUGACGAGUCCGAUGACAACCGCAGCACCACCAGCAAGCAGAGUGAUGCAAGUGAAAGUAGCAGGGUGAGUAAAGCGUCAAAACAGUCCAGUCAGGUUAGCUCCAAACCAAAGGGGAGGAGUGGUAUCGAGAUCCGGCGACAGCAGGCCGAGGAAAAAGAGCGGAAACAGCAAGACAAGGAGAGACAGCAGAGGUUUAAAGAAAUGCACACCAUCAUGGAGUCCUCCGAUGAAGAGGACUUCAGUGAAAGCGGCACCGAAGAGGAGAGUGAUGAUGACGAUAUGAUGACCGCGGUGGAGAAGAUCCUUGCAGGAGGGACAGGCCGUGUUCGAUGA